AUGCUUAUGCAUUUAGAAGUCUACUACUACAUUUUCAUUUUGAUGACUCACGUGAGGUCCUGCUGCUCCUGGUCAGUGAAUAAUUUCCUGAUGACUGGCCCAAAGGCCUAUCUCAUCUACUCCAGCAGUGUUGCUGCAGGGGCUCAGAGUGGGAUUGAGGAGUGCAAGUAUCAAUUUGCCUGGGAGCGCUGGAACUGUCCAGAGAGAGCUCUUCAGCUGUCCACUCACAGUGGCCUCAGGAGUGCAAACAGGGAGACAGCGUUUGUCCAUGCUAUAAGUUCAGCAGGUGUGAUGUACACCCUUACACGCAACUGUAGCCUUGGGGACUUUGACAACUGCGGCUGUGAUGACACAAGAAAUGGUCAACGAGGGGGCCAGGGUUGGCUGUGGGGAGGUUGCAGUGAUAAUGUUGGCUUUGGAGAGGCGAUCUCCAAACAGUUUGUUGACGCCUUGGAGACAGGGCAAGAUGCACGAGCAGCAAUGAAUCUACACAACAAUGAAGCUGGACGCAGGGCUGUUAAAGGUACCAUGCAGAAGACAUGUAAAUGCCAUGGAGUUUCUGGGAGCUGCACCACCCAGACGUGCUGGCUGCAGCUCCCUGAGUUCAAGGAGGUGGGAAACUAUCUGAAGGAGAAGUAUCAGAAAGCCCUGAAGGUAGACCUGCUCAGAGGGGCCGGCAACAGUGCAGCCAGCCGCAGGGCUAUCGCUGAGACCUUCAGCUCCAUCUCCCGCAAAGAGCUGGUCCACCUGGAGGACUCACCUGACUACUGCCUGGAGAACAAGACCUUAGGCCUGCCAGGCACGGAAGGGCGCGAGUGCAUCAAAAAGGGUAAGAACCUGAGCAAGUGGGAGAAGCGCAGCUGCAAGCGGCUGUGUGGAGAGUGUGGCCUGGCGGUGGAGGAGCGCAGGGCGGAGAUGGUGUCCAGCUGCAACUGCAAGUUCCACUGGUGCUGCGCUGUCAAAUGCGAGCAGUGCCGCAAGACUGUCACCAAAUACUACUGCGUGAAGAAGGGAAAGAAGGCCAAGAGUGAGAGCAGCAGCCAAAGGAAAAGUCUCAGGCUCAGAAAAACCCACUAAGAAGAGCAAGUCGACAGCUUCUGAGGUUUUCAUACAAACACUCCAUUUUGUUUCCUCUAAGAUAGUAUCCCUCAUAUAUUUCACAAAAACUGUAAAAACAAAAUAUGAGAAGUGUAAACUAAAGGGUAUGUUGAAGUUUUGUCAAAAGAAAAUGACUGAAAGAGAUUAUGUGGAAAUAAGCCUUAGAUAUAUUGGAAAGCUUUGCAUAAAUAAAAGAAGCAUUGCAAAUAUUAGUUGUUUAUAGGUACAAUAAUCUGAAUAUAUUUAAAUACUAUUUUUGUACUUUUCUACAUGACCCCAUUUGUAUAUGUUUACCAUUUGAAAUGUGGGAACACUUCUAAAAAUGUGGGAAUUCUCCCUCUAUAAGAUGACACAAAUAAACAAACUAUGGACUAGACAAAUCAAAAUCCAUUCAUGUUUCCAUUUCCAAAAUUGGCAUUUGUGUAAUACACAGCAAUCAGAGCCUCCAGUCAAUGUGACAGAGACCCAUCUGGGGCCACAGGGGAGAGAAGUGAGUUGCACGUCCCUCUACAGUCUGUAUUUAAAUGUAAAUAAAAUGAAGCACUUUGUUAAUUUA